AUGGACAGUAUAUUUAACUACCUUCACUGGGACACCCCCAAACUACCGCUUGUUGUAGACACUUGGACAUAUGAAAAACUGCCUACAUACCACAUUCCUGUUCCUACGAAAUUUGUUCCAAAAGCAGAUGUACAAAGAGAUUUAAAAAAAGACAACAUGCCAAUUCACAAAUCCACCAAACGUUUCGUUACUGUGGUUACAUAUCCGACUAUUCGAAACAAAUCCAAAAAUAAUACAAUGCAUAUUAUGAUAUCAAUAAACUGGCGUGCAACAAUCCCAUUUGUCCGUCCAGAAAGAAUAACCCACAAUAGAAGCUUUGGAUUUGAUGGUGAGAGUGCUGGUUCCGUUGAUUCUGUUGGUCAAACAGAAACAUUUAUGGCCAAAUAG